AUGUCAAAAGAUGAAUCUGUGCUCCAGUGGCUGGAGGAGAUCUGGAAAUGGGGAUUCUGUUUUAUCAAGGGCGUUCCCGUCGACCCCGAGUCAACCAAGACCUUGAUCGAGAGAAUUGCGUUUAUCCGCCACACGCACUAUGGCGGCUUCUGGGAUUUUACUGCAGAUCUCACCUUCAAGGAUACGGCAUAUACCAACGAGUUCUUGGGCGGCCAUACUGACAACACCUAUUUCACGGACCCUGCACGACUUCAGCUCUUCCACCUUCUGUCCCAUACAGAUGGGCACGGGGGAGCCAGUCUACUGGUUGAUGGGUACUCAGCUGCUCGCACACUACGCCAAACCGAGCCGGAUCUUUAUCAGGCUUUGACUCAUUACAGGCACCCUUGGCACGCAAGCGGGAACGAAGAUGUCUGCAUCCAGCCUUCUGCCCAGGCCCCUGUGCUUUCAGUUCAUCCGGACAUGAACACGGUUUACCAAAUCCGCUGGAACAAUUAUGACCGGGCACCAAAGAGUGACUGGGAAUUGCCUCACCAGAAAUUGUGGUACGAGGCGGCUGCACGCUACAAUGAGAUUUUGAAUGACCACAGUCGCCAAAUAUGGACCCAACUCGAACCUGGAACGGCCUUGAUCUUUGAUAACUGGCGAAUGCUGCAUGGCCGCUCUGAGUUCACUGGAAAGAGAAGGAUGUGUGGUGGUUACGUCAACAAUGACGAUUUUGUUUCGCGAUUCCGUCUCCUUAAAUAUGGGCGGGAGAAGGUGUUGAACAACCUUGGAAACAUGUAUGAUGCGCACUCGAGUAGCAACCCAAACUCCAUCUACUAG